AUGGCGGACCUACUGGGCUCCAUCCUGAGCUCCAUGGUGAAGCCACCCAGCAUCGGUGACCAGGAGAGUCGGCACAAGGCCCGCCUAAAGAAACUACAAGAGCAAGACAAACAACAAAAAGUGGAAUCUCGUAAAAGGAUGGAGAAAGAGGUGUCUGAUUUUAUCCAGGACAGUGGACAGAUCAAGAAGAAGUUUCAGCCUAUGAAUAAGAUAGAGAGGAGCAUACUACAUGAUGUAGUAGAAGUUGUAGGCCUCACAUCCUUCUCCUUUGGAGAAGACGAUGACUGUCGCUAUGUCAUGAUCUUCAAAAAGGAGUUUGCACCCUCAGAUGAAGAGCUGGACUCCUACCGUCAUGGAGAGGAGUGGAACCCCCAGAAGGCCGAGGAGAAACGGAAGCUAAAGGAGCUGGCUCAGAAACAGGAGGAGGAGGCAGCCCAGCAGGGACCUGUGGUGGUGAGCCCUGCUAGCCACUACAAGGACAAGUAUAGCCACCUUAUUGGCAAAGGAGCAGCCAAAGAUGCAGCCCACAUGCUACAGGCCAACAAGACCUAUGUCUGUGUGGCUGUGUUCAACAAGCGGGACACACGCUCCAUGGAAGAGGCCAUGGAUGAGAUCCGAGCCAAGAAACGUCUGCGGCAGAGUGGGGAAGAGUUGCCACCCAUCUCCUAGGCAUCACACCCAACUCCCUUUGACCUCUAACAAGGCAGGGACAUGGAGGAACAAGGCUGCUGCUAUCAGGACCCAUCCUGGAGCCCCACUUCAAACUAUAAGGUUCUACCAGCUGUCACUCAGGCUGGAGGAGAAGCAGGUGUUUAU